AUGAUGCAGUCUCCGAGGCUCAACAAGUCUUGCGACCAGUGUCGGAAUCGUAAAGUCCGCUGUAUUGGUACGCCAUACGUCUACCACGUCCCAUCGGCAUCACUAUUCCCAGUCCAGCGCUCACCUUACGCAGUCCCGUCCACCCCGCCCGGAAGACCUGUUACGUGCACCCACUGUCUAAAACGAAACGAGGCGUGUCAGUUCAGCAACCUGAAACGCAGGCUUCGCCUGAAGGAUUCAUCAACUCCCCAGAAAAGCCCAAGAUCAGACUUCAGACCCUCAUCAGAUCUAUUCAUCGAUCGGCUCAUUCGAAACCCAUCAGAGAGUGCUGCCCUUUACGAUGAAUUUUCCAUCCUUAAAGUUCAUAAUGAUCGAGGUUACUUCGAUGUCCUUCAUCCGAUAUAUCCCUUUCUCGAUCGGCAGUUGUUCGAGGAAAGAGCUAAGAGACCAGACUUGGUCCACGUUCUAGGAACAGACUACGCAUACUGCGGACUGUACUACGCUGUAUUGGCUCUCGGCUGUCAAUACAAUGGCUUUAGCUCGUUUAUUCCCGACGAUAGCCAUGCGUGGAAGCUCUUUCAAGUCGCUCUUACCCGCCUAGACCGUAUCAUUAUGAGCACCGAAUCUCUAUCAAAUCUUCAGGCAUUAACCGCAAUGGCUAUUUUUGCGACAAACACGUUUAGCCUUCAACUAGAUCAAACCUUGAUAGCUGAGGCUGGUCGCAUGGUACUUGCACUACGCUACCACAAGUCGAUCGUCAGCGAGGAUUCGACAUUAUGCCACCGAACCUUUUGGGUGAUAUACCACCUCGAGAAGCGGUACUCUUUCCAGGCCAGGAGCAACUCGGUGAUUGCGGACUACGAUAUCGGGUGCCCAAUUCCAAAUACUCCAGAAUCAGUUCUUGGAGAGUACAACUGGCUUGUCUCUUCUGUCCGGUUCGGCCGCAUUCUGGCCGUCGCUUACGCCUCUCUGUUCUCAAUUUCCGCAUCCACCCAACCCGACGACACAAUCCUAGCAGCAGUCGACCAUGUUCAUACAUUGCUCGAGGAAUGGCGGCUAUCUAUCCCGCUGGAUUUUAGGCCAAAAGAGCCACUCCAACGAAGUCGUCUGAUUGAUGGCGCAUUCAAGGAGAUAGCGCUACGAACACACUACUACUAUUACCAUAUAAUCAUCGCAUUAGAACGACUUACUCUCCACGUCAGUCGCGACAUUGCAAGAAGCGAGAACAGCAUGAGGGCACUACUCAAAACCGCGAGGGAAGCCAUCAACCUAACGCGAUACAUUGACGUGGAACCCUACACACCAGUAUUUAUACUCGCAAUCAUACCUCUCUCCGCUUUAUUUAUCCUAUUCGACUUUGUUGUCCACCAUCCAACCGACCCAGACACACGCGGGCAUUUAACCCUUCUUGACAUCGUGACCGGGCACUUUAGCCAGCUAGACCAUGCCUCGAAUGGAGCAAUCAAGUCCAGCUACCUCUCUGGGUUCUCCCACAUGGCUCGACAGUACGUGCAAAGCGUACCUAAACGGCCAGUUGGUGAUACGGAACCAAGCGAGCCUAGGGAUAGCCAACCAUCGGCUGAUAUUCCAAUUCCUUCACAUGACGCCUCAAACGACGCUCUAAUGGCUCUAAACGACCCCACGCUAAUGGAAGGGCUAGAUUACGGGAGUCUGGACAGUCUCUACUUUCUAACGCCGGAUAGUAACUGGACGGCGGGGAUUUCCUCUCUUGCUGAAUUCGACCCGAGGGAGUAUUAUGGAUCUAUCUUCUUAUGA